AUGUCCUCUCUAGAAACAUGGGUGGAUAGAAUCGGACCACGACUGAGAAUUCACAGCCCAUUGGCAAGACAAGCUGUUGCCGAAUUUCUUGGGACGUUCGUCUUGAUAUCAUUUGGUUGCAGUGGAACAGCUCAGUAUAUCCUCAGUGACGGGGAGAAUGGGAAUGUGCUCACUGCUAACUGGGGUUGGGGAAUUGGUUUGUGUAUGGGCAUGUACGUUGCAUUUGGACCGUCGGGUGCACAUUUCAACCCCGCUGUUUCUGUGGCAUUUGCGAUAGUUGGCAGAUUUCCAUGGCGUUCUGUUCCAGUCUAUAUCCUGGUUCAAUUCCUAGCGUCCUUUGUAGCAUCUAUAGUAGUCUAUGGGGUGUAUUACGAUGCACUGAAUGAUUUUGAUGGGGGAGUUCGAGUUGUAAUUGGUCCGAAUGCCACAGCUAGUAUUUGGGCUACAUAUCCACAAGAGUAUCUGUCGGUGGGAAAUGCUAUAUGGGACCAGCUGUUUGCAACUUAUAUUGUUAUAUUGUGUGUGACUGCGGUUAUUGACGAGAGAAAUAUUCGCCCACCGCCUGGAAUGGAACCAUUUAUUGUCGGGCUCCUUAUAUUCACUCUGGGCAAUUGUUUGUGUUACAACGCUGGUGGCGCUAUUAAUCCAACGAGGGAUUUCGCACCAAGGCUGUUUACUUAUAUGGUGGGGUACGGUAACGAGGUGUGGACUCCAUAUGGUUGGCACUUUUGGUGGAUUCCUAUUGUAAUGCCAUUGAUAGGAGCAACACUGGGUGCAUUAACGUAUAUAUUUUUGGUAGAAAUUCAUCAUCCACCGCUUGGGACAGCUGAAAUAGGUCAAGAUAUUUCAAUUGAGCAAAGCAAAGCAAUGGAGGCAGAGAAAGAUAAAGUGAAAGAUCCACAAACCAAAGAGAUUAAUGCAAAUGAACAAGUCAACACCGAUGAUGGUUGCGUUAUGAAUGCGGCUUUUAUUGACGACUGUGGAACAACCAAUUAG